CUCCCUCCGGUUCAAUGUGACGCAGUGCCAGUGAACCAUUUUUUUUGGACCGGGGGCCGGAAUGGCCGGGUGAUACAAGAUAAUCUACUGUACACCCAUGCUGAGAAGAAUCAUUGGUAUUGGCUUCUUUCCCCUGGAAAGACGCAAUCUCCUGCAGAAUUCUGUUUAUGACGGCCUGCCUGACAAAAUCAUUUGUCCAUACCAAAGCGAUCAUCAAGAAUGUCACGCAAUUCCCAGACCCGGUGGAGGUUCUGCCUUGCAGACGGCACUGUUGAGACUGGUGACAUGGUCCUCAGUUGUGACGGGGUCCACAGCUUGAUGCGGAGCUUCAUGUGGGAUCAGCAGGCAUCGACAGUACCUCCGAGGCCUUCAGCAUGUACUUUAAGAACUACACCUGUGAUCCAUUUCAAUCCCAGGCCUCAGCCUUGUGAACUGGGCAACCUCGCCAGCUACUUGAUCGAUGUGAGGUCAGCCGGAGGACGUCACGGGAGGGAUCAUGUUUUCGAGGGAGCAAAACAUCCGGCUGGUCAUCAAAAAUACUGGCCAUGAUUACGCGGGCAUGUCGACGGGAAAAAGGUGGACUGUCCCUGUGGACACGUAACCU